AUAAAAAGGGUGUUUCCCAUAUCUAAGAGGUAGAAGAAGAGAAAAAGAAAUAUAAGUAAGUGUGCGUGAGUGAGUGGCAUAUAUAUAUACAAAAUUAAAAUGAAGAUUUCAUUUGGUUUGGGCGCCAUUAUUGUUAUGUUAUGGUGGGCUUCGAUUGCAUAUGCAGCAGAUCCAAGCCCUCUUCAAGAUUUCUGCGUUGCUCUUCCUACUAACAUCUCUGAUGUUUUUGUGAAUGGGAGGUUUUGCAAGAAUCCAGACAAGGUGGUUGCAAAGGAUUUUCUCUUCCAAGGUCUGAACAUACCCGGAAACACAUCCAACGAGCUCGGGUUCGCCGCGACCGUGGUGAACGUGGACCGGCUGCCGGGGCUCAACACGCUGGGCGUGUCGUCGUCGCGCAACGACUACGCCCCGUACGGCGUCAACCCGCCCCACACCCACCCGCGCGCCACCGAGGUUUUAUUCCUCAUGGAGGGCACUCUCUACGUUGGGUUCGUCACUUCCAAUCCUGCAGAUCCUAACCGAAGGAACAGGCUCUUCGCCCGCUACUUGAAGCCGGGCGACGGCUUCGUGUUUCCGCAGGGCCUCGUCCACUUCCAGUUCAACGUCGGCAAUACCAACGCCGUCACGUUUUCCAGCUUCGGCAGCCAGCUUCCGGGCGUCAAUGUCAUCGCCAACGCCGUGUUCGGAUCGGACCCCAGGAUUAAACCGCAUGUUUUGGCCAAGGCCUUCCGGCUUGAGGAGAAUAUCAUCGACUAUCUCCAAGCACAGUUCGGACCCGACCUUGUACAUACGUACUAA